AUGUUCAACAGAGUUUUUCGACGUAGUUUCUCCAAUGCGAGAUACUUAAGAUCGUCACUAGAGUCGUCUGUCCCAGACAAUGCUCCCACGCAAAAAGAGAAUAUGAAAUGGUUGGGUAAAGUGGCCUCUAUGUCAAAGAAAUCUGAUACAGAGCUGACCAACGACCAAAGCACUUUCACCGUGGAAAAAUUCCCUAAUCCAACACAAGAAUCAACGACACCAGAGCCUUAUACUAUUGUGAAACGUCCCGAUUCUGUGGAGGAUCCUUUCUUUACGAUCUCGGUGCCAGCCUCCAAUUAUUUCCUGAACUCUUCAGCAUUUUCGAAUCUAAGUUACAAUCAACGACCCAAAGCCGAAUCUUCACAGCCAUUUUCUGAUAUAAGGGUUUUAAAACUACGCUCUGGAAGGGGUGGAAAUGGUGCUGUUUCUUUCUUAAGAGAAGCUAACCGUUCUAAAGGACCGCCUAAUGGAGGUGAUGGUGGUACUGGGGGAGACAUCUACGUACAAACAGCAAGUCAUAUGCACUCUUUACACAAGCUCAGUUCCAGAUAUCUUGCUGAAGACGGAUCGAGCGGAGAAAAGAACCAACUGGAUGGUAAAAGGGGUAGAGAUGUGGUGAUUGAAGUCCCAGUAGGAACUCAUAUUCAGUGGUGUCCAGAUCCAUUGGCUAUCAGAAAGAGCCAAAAACAAAAAAGGUCAUUAGCAUUCCACAUCAAAGCCGUAGGUGAGGAUUACCUAGCAUAUAAACCGGAAAAUAUCCAGUUUUUCAGGAACAGCUAUCAACCAGGGGAAGGAUGGAUUUUCAAAGACAGAGAUCAAGAAUAUCACAUGGCAAGAGACUUUUUUGUUAAACUGAAAAAGAACAUGACAGCUUAUGACAAAGAGCAAACAAAGGCUGAACUUCAUAAUGACAUUUUUCCUCUUGAAGGCAUAGAUCUGGAUAGUCCGAUGAAAGAGCCUCUUCUUCUUUUGAAGGGAGGAAAGGGAGGUUUAGGAAACAUGCAUUUCCUUACUGAUGAUAUAAGAAACCCCCGAUUUUCAAAAGUUGGAAGACCCGGGCUAGAACAGACUUUCGUGUUUGAACUUAAGUUAUUGGCUGACCUGGGACUUGUGGGAUUACCAAAUGCAGGCAAAUCCACCCUUUUAAGAGCCAUUUCUAAUGCAAGACCUAGAGUUGGGCAUUGGGAAUUUACAACAUUACAACCAACUAUUGGAACUAUCCCCAUGGGCAUUGAUAAAGAACCAUUCACAGUUGCAGAUAUUCCUGGUAUUAUUAAGGGAGCAUCCGAGAAUAGAGGUAUGGGAAUAAGCUUUCUGAGGCACGUGGAGCGUUCUGGCGGACUAGUGUUUGUCAUAUCUUUAGUGGGACAGAAUCCAAUCAACGAUCUAGAGAUCUUGUUAGCGGAGAUGACGGAGUCAAGAUUGCACGGUAAGAAUAUAUUAGUUGUGGCAACAAAAGCUGACGUUGAGGGAACGAAAGAAAAGUUCCAGAUGUUAAAGGAAUAUACACAAGAGAAAAAAAUGGAUAUAGUCCCGUGUUGCGCAAUGAAAAACGAAAAUAUUGAGAUGGUUAUUGAAAUGAUGGCUAAAUGCACAGGUAAAUAUUAA